GCAAACCAUAGUUUACGUUCAGUGAAGUGGUAAUACGGUUUCCAUCCACACGCUGUAGCGCCAGCUCCCGCCUGACUGUCUGCGUAAAGCUCGGCGAAUCUCAAGUGGACCGAGAGGAAUUGGUUCAGUAAACGUUCUCUUUUGUUGUUCCUUGACUCGGGCUGUGAUUGCCUGGCGCUUUCCUUCCUGUGUCUUGGGGUUCGGCUCUCGGACAUGUCUCUGUUAGACAAAUCUGCAUGCGUCAGGAGAAAGGAGACUAUAGGGGAAAUGGAGUACUAUAGUAGGUGAGAGUGCGAUGAGGAGAGGAGCCAGAGAGUGAGGCGAUGGGCUGCACCUCUGCUAAGCAGGUGUCGGCCGUGCCCAGCGAUGAGGAGGGCCGGGGCAAGGCCUACAGCAACGGAGACCUCUUCACCGACGAGUACAAGAUGAAGGGAGUGGAGGAGGUGAAGUACAUGCGUGGAGAGGAGGACCGGGUGAACGCACGCAACCAGGAGAACCUGGAGAAGACCUCUUUACAGUACAGGGGGAAACCGCACAAAGAAGGCUCUGGAGCCAACGCCAACAGGACAAAUAUCCACACAUCAGAGAGCCAGCAGGAGUUCUUCAGGAUGUUGGAUGAGAAGAUUGAGAAGGGACUGGACUACUGUUCAGAGGAAGAAGAGGCAGAGGAUGGGACAUAGCAAACAAGGCCUGACUCAACCCCCUACAGAGAGCCUCCCAGAGUGUGUGCGAGUGCAUGUUCGUCUGAAUCAGUGUGUGUAUGUUCCACUGCCUUUGUAUGUGAUUCUGUAUGUGUCUGUGUGAGCAUGUAGGUUUUUGGUGUGUGAAAGAGCGAUGGAUAGCUAUUCUCAAAGACUGUUGCCCCCCUCUUGGCUGUCGUCCCAUUGGGCCCCUGAGUGGAUUACUGGAGGGAGAGACGAACGAGGAGACAUACAGACAGACAUGUGGACUCACUACCCUGCAGGACUAUGGAGAGAUGCACAUGGAGACAGACAAACGGACAUGUGGACUCACUGCCCUGCAGGACUAUGGAGAGACCCUCCCCUCUAUCCCAACUACCACCCCAGUGAACUGUACUGUGGUCCCUGGUCCAGCUUUGUGUAUACCACCCCCUCAUCACUACAACAUGGAGAAGGAGGACGGACAGAGGAAGAAUGAGCCUUACGGCAGUCUGGGAGACACCCUCCUGGCUUCCACCCUCCAUGGCCCUGACUACUGUGCUUUGCCUGUGAGGAGCAGAGAUGUGGAUAGAGAAAGAGGGGUGCUGGGGAGGGGGUGGUACUUCCAUAACCCCCAUCACAGAGGCUCGCUGCUGCAGUGGGCCAGAGAGGAUCCGAGAGAGGGAAGGGGUAGGGGGAGGGAGGGAGGGAGGGAAAGAAAAAUCUAGAUAUUUUAAUAAGAGAAAGAAGAGUCAGUGAGUGGCUUAUUUUGAAAUUCUGAACUCCUGCCUUUUUGAAGGACUUUUUUAUUAUGUUGAUCCAGUUCAUUAUUUUUGGUUUAUUUUAAUGUUUUUUUUUUUAAAUUAUUAUUAUUUGGCUUCUAUCAUAGUGCAUCACCUCCUGCAGGCUACAGCUCUAUAGGUCAGAGUUCCUGUGUCACUACACCUGUCCUCUUAAAUAUACCCUCAACGCUAAUAUACCAGACCCUGGCUAUGUGAAACACACUCCACUUCAUAUUCAUAGAUGCAGACACAGAAGUGCACACUCAUACUUUCAGAUACACACAGACAAAUGCAGAUAGACUCAUACACACACAUAUGCCAUUGUAUUCCUGUCGUUCUUUAGCCGCGUGUUAUGUAAGUAUGUUAAUAGGCUGUGAUGUUGAGGGUUUUGGGUGAAUGUUGGAACCAGCAGCUGUGGGUUUCUGCUGCUGGACUUCUUCAUGUUCACUUGUUGUGUUUAUUACUCUUUCCUCUGCAUUGGUAGCCCAGCCUCCACUUCUCUUCAACUCAGCAGUAUUGAUGCUUACUGGCAGCGUGGAGUCACCCUCUGUUGACACACACACACCCACACACCGCCUUUUCAUGGAAGUGAGAAGUGAGAUUUAAAGGAAAAGAGGUGUGGUUGCCUGGGAGACAAAGCCCUGAACGUUCUUCUGUCAUCAUUACUGGAUCGUUCCUUUUUCAUUUGAUUUUCAGUACUUUUUGUUUUUCUAUUAAAAAUAAAAACACAGGAGCUGUU